AUGAAAGUUCGGUAUGGGAGCCGUUGUCUAAAACUAAAACUGGCUGAUAACUUACAAAAAAGCAAGACAAAACUCGUGAAGUUGAGAAAUCGGCUGAAAUUCCUGCGACGUUGCAGAGACAAUGGUUUUAUUCCUCGCAGACUAAGGAUAAAGUUGUCAAAAGAUGAAAUUCAAGUUCGUAAUGUUUACUGGAAAGUGUACGA